UACCAAAACAUUAUUCCUUCCUCCCUGGUGCGCAGCCAAGAAAACAAUAUUGAAGCCUAAUUUAUAAAAAUAAUAAAUAAAUUGAGAAGCUAAAGCUAUUUAAACCUUAAACACAACUAUAUAAUGGCCGCCCUCGCCAGCUUAACCGCCCAAUACACAGACUCCGAGAACGAAGGCGAUGCUAGUCCGGAUUCUCAGAAUUCAACGGCGUCCCAGGUAAUAAUUCCGCCCAAGAGACCUUCGCCAACGCCCACUAAACAGGAAGGUGAAACCAAGCAAACCAAAGAAAAGAAAAAGAAGCGGGCCAAAAAAGUGCGACGAUUGGUGAGCUACCAGGACGACACUUUGAUUUCCGAUGAGGACGAGGAUCGGGCAGCUGUGCCCUCCAGUGAAGAGGAGUCAACCAGUGAAGAAGAAAGCGAUAGCGCCAAUUCCCAGGGCGAAAAUAGUCCCAAACCCAAAGACAAAAGCAAUGCCGGAAAUGGCUCAAACGGGAACACUCCCAUGGAGGUGGACGAGGAGUCAGGUGAAUUUCCCUCCGAAGAACGUUCCGCUGAGAGCUACGAAAAGGAUCCCAAGUAUGCCAAGUACAAAUUUCAACUGCCACCAGAACCCAAGGGAAAACCAUCUGCGGAACUGGUGGCCAAGAUUACAAAAAUGUACACUAAGAUGCGGCAGUCAAAUAUGGACAUGAAUCGAGUGAUCCAGGACCGAAAGGAAUUCCGCAAUCCCAGCAUUUACGACAAACUUAUUAGCUUCUGCGAUAUCAACGAGUUCGGCACCAACUAUCCACCUGAAAUCUAUGAUCCCCUGCAGUGGGGCGAGGAAUCCUACUAUGAAUCUUUGGCGGCAGUACAGAAAACGGAAAUGGUCAAGCGGCAGAAGGACCGCAAGGACAUGGACAAGGUGGAGCAGGCCACAGCUUUGGCCAGAAAAGUCGAGGAGGAGGCCAAAAAGCGCAAAUCAAAAUGGGAUCAGCCGGCUCCUUCAUCCACAGUUGUUAAACCCACUCUUCCAGCUCUGACCACAACGGUUACGGGCACCAAGGGCACCGUCAUCUCCGCCUUUGGAUCGCUGCCCAAAAAGCCAGCCGCUUAGUUUUGUAUAAACGAAACUUUUAAAGGGUAUUUUGCAAUCCUAAGGUUGAGAGUCCUGGUUUUUUUUUGCAUAAAAGAAGAAAUAUUAAAAUGAAGAAUUUAAAUACACGCACUCGAUAAAGGUAAA